AUGGCGGCAGAGGUUGCACGACAUCUGCCCGGAAGAUCGAGCAAAGACUGCCGCAAGCGCUGGUUCCACUCGUUGGAUUCGACUCUGCGCAAAGGUCGUUGGACGCCGGCGGAAGACCAGACACUGUUAGAGGCGUACUCACAGCUUGGACCGGUUUGGCAUCUGAUCGCUCAUCGAAUACCUGGCCGGAAGGACGAUCAGUGCUCGAAGCGUUACGCAGAGAUCCUUGAUCCCUCUGCCAAAGAUCGUUUGCAGCCUUGGACUCCAGAAGAGGACACACAUCUUGUGACAGAAGUGGCCAAGAUUGGUCACCGAUGGACUGCCAUAUCGGAGGGACUGCCAGGUCGGCCACCGCUGACAUGUCGAAACCGCUGGCGAGCACUUCAGAACAGGCGUCGAGGUGGUCAAUCUCCAGGAGUGUUCUCGCCAGCAGCUUUCAUGCAUACGCUAGACUCGUCUCCGUGCUCAGCACAAUCAUCAGGUUAUGCUUCUACACCCGCAACGCCCGCCAAUCAAGAACUAUGCUCUUCGGUCCCACAUUCUUCAACCAAUAAUGAUCCAUUUGCUCUCACCUUGGACACCGAAUGGACGCCUGACAUGCUGCGGGAGCCCAGCCCUGGAAUGACCACUGAGCCAUCUGAAAGUACGACUUUUACAUCUGUGCAAACAGAACCCACGUCAGUGUCAACACCAAACAAAAUCGUCUACGAAGUCCAUCAUUACCAUCAUGUGGUACAUCAUUACCAAAACCAUGCAGCUGGUAGCUGA